UCAAUGAUUUACAUAAACUUUACUAAUCCCACGUCAUAAUAUUAUGUUCGGAAACAAGUCUAUUAAUUAACAUAAAUGUUAUAUCCACGUCAGACAUUGUACAAGCUAUUGUCGGAAAAGGUCCACAGCUAAAAAAAGAUAAGAAAUGAAGAGGUUGAUUGGGAGUCCUGGAAUGGUGAGUGGUCUAGUGUUGAGGAUUGGUCAGUUUUUGUGUGCUGCUGCUUCUAUUGGAGUGAUGGUUUCUGCUAGAGGCUUCUCUGGCUACACUGCCUUCUGUUAUUUGAUUGCAUCGAUGGGGCUUCAAGUCUUAUGGAGUUUUGGACUCGCGUGCCUCGAUGUUUAUGCUUUAAAGAUAAAGAAAGACCUUCAAAAUCCAGUCCUAAUCAGCCUUUUUGUUGUCGGUGAUUGGGUGACUGCUACAUUAUCACUUGCAGCUGCAUGCUCAUCGGCAGGGGUCGCAGUUUUGUAUGCGAAAGACUUCGAUUUUUGCAAGCCUCAUUUGCAUAUCCCCUGCGCUAGAUUUGACCUUUCCAUUGCUCUGGCCUUCACUACUUGGCUACUUAUUGCUGUAUCUUCACAUGUAAUGUUUUGGAUUUUGGCAUCAAUAUGAAUCAUGAUUAGUUUACCAUCCCACGGUAUACAUUGUGCCACUGUGUGUCCUAUUCUCUAAUUUACAUCUUAUCCUUAUGAAUUUUGUCUCUUUGUCAUGUAUAUAUUUUAUUAAGUUGACUAGUUCCUGGACCACUAUUGCUGCAA